UGAUUUUGCCGGGAACUUUUGUGGUAUUUAUUUUUUUGGCUAAACAAAGAAAAUGAGUUUAUGGGUUGAUAAACAUCGACCGUCGUCUCUGAAUAAGCUAGAUUACCAUAAAGAUCAAGCUACUCUUCUUAAGAAACUUGUCCAUGGAGGAGAUUUUCCACAUCUACUGGUCUAUGGGCCUUCAGGAGCAGGUAAAAAGACUCGUAUCAUGUGUCUUUUGAGGGAGUUGUAUGGAUCAGGAGUUGAAAAACUACGUAUAGAGCAGCACAAUUUCACCACCCCAUCCAAUAAAAAGAUUGAAAUCUCAACUAUCUCUAGCAAUUAUCAUAUUGAGGUCAAUCCAAGUGAUGUGGGAAUACAAGACAGAGUUGUUAUCCAGGAACUAAUUAAAACAGUAGCUCAAACAAACAACUUGGAUUCCUCACAGAGAGACUUCAAAGUCGUUGUACUGACUGAGGUUGACAAGCUGACAAAGGAUGCCCAGCAUGCUCUCCGUCGUACAAUGGAGAAGUACAUGGCAACAUGCAGACUUAUUCUCUGCUGUGUGUCAACAAGUAAAGUGAUUCCAGCCAUCCGCAGUAGAUGUCUAGGGGUCAGGGUUGCAGCACCUACCAUUGACGAAAUAACACACAUUCUCCAAAUGGUUUGUAAGAAAGAGGGUUGUCCCAUACCCAUAGAGUUAGCUAGAAGGGUAGCAGAGAAGAGCAGACGAAAUCUCCGGAGAGCAUUACUGAUGGCAGAAGCAUGCAAAGUUCAACAGACUCCAUUAAAAUCAGACCAAGAGGUAUCAGAACCAGACUGGGAGGUUUAUCUCAGGGAAACGGCUAAUAUGAUAAUUCAACAGCAAUCUCCACGACGCCUGCUGGAGGUCAGAGGUCGUCUCUAUGAACUUCUGACUCAUUGCAUACCGGCAGACAUCAUUAUGAAGGGAUUGUUACAAGAAUUGAUUAAUAAUUGUGAUGGGGAGCUGAAAACAGAGGUGGUGCAAUCUGCUGCAUUUUUUCAACAUCGACUCCAGCUUGGGCAAAAGGCAAUAUAUCACCUGGAAGCCUUUGUAGCCAAGUUCAUGGCCAUCUACAAACGAUUCAUGGAGGAAAACAUUGCAGAUCUCUUCUAACAAAUCAAAUGACUUUGCCAGUGUCAGUAGACAUCAGUGGAGUUCAUUUGAGAAACUUUUUUUGUUGAUUAACUGAGACCAAUGAAAACUUUCAGAUUAAUGAGUUUGCACCAAACAGAAACAUAUAAAUACUGGUAUUUGUCAUUUUUGUUGAAUAAUUUUGAAAAAACAAAUUAUGCAAAAAUAGACCCUGGUGAAUGCUUGGGUGUCCAUCUGUCUUGCAACAAGCAUCUAAGAUGUAGCUUUGCACCCCCUGACUGGAACAAAUAUGAAUUCUUUUAUGAAAUUAAAUGUUCUGUUUGAUGAAUGUGAUCUACAGAUGUGAUUGGCUUGGCUUAGGUCAUUUCUCCAAGGUCAAGUGGUAAUGACAUGUCACAGAUUUUGUUUCAAAUAUACUUUUGGAAUUCUUUACAAAAUGAAAUUAAAAUACUGUAUGCGUCUUAUUAAAAGCCCUGAGUGAGUAGAAAGUUAGAAGAAUGGGGUGCAUAUUUAUAGGUUUGUCUGCUAUAAAACAUGCCGUGUUACACGACGUACAGUAUUAGAACAAAUAGAAACAUACUUUUAUCAAAACAUCCCCAUCAAAAAUGCAUUUUAAAAGUGGUACAUGCUUUACCUUAUAAAUAAAAAAAGGUGACAGCAAAGUGCAAUAUCGUAUUAAGAAGGCAUAAGAAAUUUAAACACUAUAUAUGCCUUUAGAAAUUUAGAUAAUUCAUUCCAAGAAUUCAUGUAUUAAAUAUUGUCAAUGUACAGUGGUAAAAUCGUGUUAAGUUAAAGAGACACCAUGACGGAAAAAGGGGAAAAUUGACAAAAGUAAAAUUUUUGCAUGACACAAGCAAAUUUUGUUCAAUUCUUGAAGAUAAUUACAGAUUUCAGAACCUAAAAAAUCUACUUUUAUGGAGAAAAAUGAAAGUAAAAAUAAUUUUUGUUUGCCCCAACACAAAAAUAUUGCUUUACUUCUUUGUUACGCAUGCGCAGAAAAGUUGAAGAAUUUACCAUGGUGUCAGUUUCAUAGAUAUAAAUGUUGGAUGAAUGAGAAUUUUGAUACAAUCUUUAAUAAAGAUGAUCAGAACUUA